UCACUAUAAAGUGUUUAAUCCCGGCAUAGAAUAUCCACGUCAGUUCUGCCAAUAUAAUAGUCCUGUGUCUCGGGAAGUAGUCAAGAUGAAUCGAGGUGACUUUCACUGUAUGUGUGCAGCAUUCAGAGCAAACAACACACUGAGCCAUAUUUAGAAUGCUAGUGGAAGCUGGCACCGCAGCCCAUUCCCGACACAAAUGGUUCAGUAUAAUGCCUGUUUACUUGCUUACAUUUAAGUUAGGUCACAUCGGUUCGUGCCCAUUUUUUGAUGGCACACUUAUAAAUUCAAUGAAAUCAGCGCUCCAUGAGACAAGUUAGCUCACAAAAUAAAAAUAAAAUAGUAAUACAUCGGAAGAGUUUAAUCAGGAAGAGCUGGGCUGGUGAAAAUCAAUAAACUUAUCUGAUUAGAAUGACGGAGAAAGAAAAGACGCUGAUUUACAUAGUGCUAAGCUAUCUAGCCUUUAUUACUAUUUAUUGCAUACACGGGCAGUGAAAUAUGAACACUUCAUAUGACACAUGAGGCCACUUUCUGCAAUAAAAAGAGGCGAGUGAUUGGUUGCUAAGCGACGGCGUAAUGUAAACACAGGCAGCCGUCAGGGGAGGCAGGGACGGCACGGCUGCAGAUGACAGAGGCGACACCAGGAAACACAGCAAUAUUACUUCAGCACCAGACAGUAGCAGUAGCACUACCACAAUGAACAAAUAAUGAAGAAAUAAAGUCAGGGAGUUAUGUCUCGCUGGAAAAAGAAAUCAUAUGACGGAAUCCACAAUUAUGUAGAGAAAAUAGAGGAUGUUUUAUUGAGCGAGAGUUCCUGGUCCACCACUGACUCGGAGUGCUCAGGUUGUAUUCACUUGAGUAGGGAAGAGAGCUUGCAGAGUGAGGGCUUUAGUGGCCCAGGACUGGAACUGGCAACUCUUCCUCCCAUUCAGACAUUUGUUGCAAACAGGGACAAUAGUUCUGCUUGGAAUAUCCAUAGCAAUGCAAACUGCAUCCAUAGUGCAAGCAGCCAUUGUAUGGUGGCAGGGGGACUGAGAACUUCUGUUGGUCAAACUGCAGCUCCCCACUUCUCUUUGGAUAUAAGAGGCGGCAUGUUGCAGCAGCUGUCAUUGCUUGCUGCUGGUGCUCAGCCAUGGCACCACAACAUAUGCACUGCACACUCACGUCGCUUUGCCUAUGCUGCAACACUUGCUAUAUAUGUCUAUGAGGCUGAGGAAGGAAGUAAUGAGUGGCAGUUGUUCAGCAUCCUGGCUGACCAUCGCAAAACCAUCACUUGUCUGGACUGGCAUCCCUGCAGUGAAGAUCUCCUGGCUAGUGCUGCAUUAGAUCAACGUGUCUGUGUUUGGAGUGUGAGCAGACAAUGUGUGCUGUAUGCCAUCAACAUAUGUCGGGUACCAACAGUGGUAGCUUGGUGCACUGGCCACAGGGACUUGCUGUCAUUCUCUACUCAAGUUGGGCCUCUUCAGCUGUGGGAUUAUGCUGAAAAUAGUGAGCCAUUUCCCUUCAGGGAGGACUAUGGUUACCCCCAUGCCAUUGUCUCCUAUCGCUGGCAUCCCACUGUUCCUGGGAGACUUGUGGUGGGACAUAAUGAUGGAAAAAUUACUGUUUACAGAGAAGAUGCUACUGUUUCCCACUGGAAUUCCAGAAUCCUUGACUCAGAAACAAGCAACAAUAAUAAUUCUUGUUGCAAUUUUACCAUUUCAGACCUGGGGAAGUCACGCUACUCUGCCUUUCCUGAUGGUGGAGAAGACACUGAUGACCACAAUCUAGUCACUCUGGAGUGGGAUACCUGCUCUCCUGAUUACAUUCUGGUGGCAUACCGGGGUGGAGCGCUGUGGCUGGUGGACAUCAACACCAUGCGGAUCAUCACUAAAUACAUCUUGCCUGUCUCUGCCAGCAUCAGCACUCUGGCCUGGCUGCCAGAUGCACCAGGAAUGUUUGUAACAGGAGAUGCUGAAAAAGGUAUUCUUCGUGUUUGGACCGUCAACAAGUCUACACCUGUGGAAACCUGUGUGUUGAAGGAUACAGGCUUUCAUGUCCUCUGUGCUACAAGAGUGGAGAGAGCCCCUGUAACACAGAAAAUACACCAAGACCUGAGUAAUGAUCUUGUCAGUGAAAGGAAGGGAUUAAUGGUUCCAAAUGUAGCCAUUGUAACUCUCUUCAAGGACGGGGGUGUUGGGCUCUACCAUCUUAGAAGAAAACAAUGGAUAUUCAAUAGAGAACAUGGACACACUGAGACAAUAUUUGACUGCAGUUUUAAGCCAGAAGAUAGUGAUUUGUUGGCAACUGGUUCCUUCGAUGGCUCAAUUAAGAUAUGGAAGAUAGAUACCCUAGAAGCUGUUGAUACCUUACCCAACUGCAGCACCAUCAUUUACUCAGUGUCAUGGGCACCAGCUGAUCUCAAUUGUAUAGUGGCCGGCACCUCAGGGGGUGAUGUGUUCAUCUGGGACGUAGGAAAGCACAAAAUACUACAAGACAUCACUUCACACAAAGAUAAGAAAGUGUUUUGUGUCACAUGGAAUCAGAAAGAUGCGAGACGAAUAGCAUCAGCAGGGGAGUCUGGGUUCUGCUAUGUGCACCAGGUGAGCGGAACACUACUGCAGGAUUACCGUCAUCCGGGUCCUGUGUACGGGUGUGACUGGCGUGAUGCAGAUGUGUUGGCCACAGGUUGCGAGGAUGGCAGGAUACGGAUCUUUUGUGUCACUAAGAAUAGGAAAGAUCCUGUGACAGAGCUGAAAGCUCACGCAAAAAAGGUGUUCCGUGUAAAGUGGAACCCUGUUUACGAUGAUAUUCUGUGCAGUGGAAGUGAUGACUCUUCUGUUCGAAUAUGGUCUUACUCAAAGGCCCAGUGUCUCAACAUCUUAGUGGGUCAUUCGGAUCAUGUCCGGGGCCUUGUGUGGUGUCCAGAAGUGCCCUUCCUUCUUAUAUCUGGCUCCUGGGACCGCACCAUGAGGGUGUGGGAUGCCCGCCAUGCCGCAUGCCUUGAUGUGGUGCUGGACCAUGGAGCAGAUGUGUAUGGAUUAAGCAUACAUCCAGUGCGGCCAUUCCUGCUGGCUUCAUGCUCUCGAGAUUCAACGAUGAGACUUUGGUCUUUGGCUUCUUUUGUGGCACCACUCUACUUGAAGGUUCUAGCAGGGAGACCAGAUGAUGAAAUAAUUAAAAUUAAUGAACCAAAGACUUUCUCAUCUGGCCUGCAUCUGUGUGGUCUUCGAGCUCAUCACCUCCAGGCAGCUCUUCAGAAAACAGAUGCAUCAUAUCAGCCCAACAAAAAGCUGAAGCUCUUUGCAGAUUUGUUCUGUGGAGAUGUGCGAGUGAGGAACCUUUGGGAUCUUGUUUACAUCUUGCAGGGACACACUGACAUCUCCCUUCUCUCACCCAAUUACACUCAGUCCAUCAUGCACCAUUCUCACAUAAUCAAGUGUUCCUUGGCUAUGGCUGCUGAGCAGGAAAUGGAUGCCAGUAGAGGCCAAGGUGUUGCUGGUAGAAAACACUCCAGUGCUGAGAGCCAGGAGGCUCUAGCAGAGUCAUACUUGAGGUGUGGAGCUGUACAGCAAUACUGUGAGCUGAUGACACGUCUCCAUCAGUGGGACCAUGCCCUUGCUCUGGCUCCAGCUGUCUCAGUGGACUACUGGCGUAAGCUGAUGACCAGGCAUGCAGAGCAGCUUUUGAGUGAUGAUAACGAAGCGUGUGUCCCGUACCUCUUGGCCACUCGUGAUGCAGAUAAACUCAUCAAUUUUCACAUUGGCCGAGGACACCUUGACAAAGCAUUCGCAGAAUGUAUAGCACUUAGCAAGAUGAGUCAUCACAACCGCAAAGGUGCUCCCCCUGAAGUACCUCCAAGAGCAGUGUCAGCAGAGAUCAAUGGCUUCAGCCUGGUGCAGGGGAGAACUGUUGAGUGUGCACGGCUGGUGGCUCAAUGGCAUCUCUUACAUGGUGCUCCCAUCAUUGCCUCCUGUGCCCUUCUGGCUGUUGAUGAUGUCAAGGGUGCCUUAUCAGUGCUCCUCCAAGGACACGAAUUAGAGUUGGUUGUUGCGGUUGGCCGCCUUCUAGGAUCUGAAGUUCCUCAAGGGGACAACACUGAUGCAGAAGAAAUAAAUUGUGUUGUAGAGACUGCAGUGCGCUACCUCACUUACCGUGCCAUUCGACUUUCUCUUUGGGAUUUAGCAAUUGAACUUGCACAAACACUGCCGGAAGGUGUGAAUCAGACCAUCUUGAAGGCUGAGGUCAUCCUGUCUCACACGGGUACACAGCAGGAGCGUGACACCCUAUAUGAAACAGCAAAAUUUCCUCCUCCAGCUGAAUGCUUUGAUAAAGCUGUUGGUUCUGUACAGGACCAAGUUCUUUAUUUAUUGCUCUCAACACAGCCACACAAAGGGAUUUCCAGGAGCAUAGAAUUUUUGCAAGAACAAAUAAAUGGAGGGAACCUUGACCGGAGCAGUGUUUGGUACGUGCUGCGACUGGUGCAGGCAGUGCCUCUGGUACACAGCACUGGAAAGUGGGCUGUUCCAGGGGAUGAGCGAGGAGCACUGUUGGCACUUUCUGCCUACCUGGGGGCUGUGAAGGCAGCCAUGCUGAAAUAUACCACUAUUGUGCCCUAUCUCCUCAGCCAUGCUAGCUACAUCCUAGAGAAGCAUCGACCUGCUGGAUGUGAAUUUCUUUCAGAACACAUCAAUACAGCAAGGACAAAAUGGGAAAAAGAAGAUUGUAGCUGGGACAUUGACACUAGCCAGGAUUUUGGCUUAUGGUGUGAUGUUGGCAUUACAAGAGUGAGUGGCUCACAUCUGCCUCGUCAUUCAGAUUCUCAGACAUGUUGUAUCACCAACCAGAUCAUAAAGGGACCCAGUUACUUUUUGGAGAAUGGAGAGUCAUCCAUGGGGCAGAAUGAUGCCCUGAUGUGGGCCAAGGUCCAUCCUUACUCACCAAUGGGCACUGGGUAUCGACUGAAUCCAUUCUGAUCAGCAGCUUAGUCUGUGUAGCCUACAAAGUCAUCAUCCAUUCAGCAAGGAGAGAUAAGUGAAGGGAAUUGUAUGUCCACUUGUAUUACUGAGUUUUUUUGAAAGGUGAGUCACAUUGCAAGGUGUGGUGGCUUUAUUGACCUGUUAAGUCUUUUAAGAAAUGUGGAUCUAGUAAGCCUUCAUUUCUAAAUGCUUCCUUUGAUAGGUCACUUUGAUCACUUUACCAUAAGUGAUUAACUCAUAAAGUGAACUUGCACAUAAGAAUUAAAUAUUUAAAUUAAGAUUAAAGUGUGUCAACUUUUUACUCAAACACAUGUAUUAUAACUGGACAGUAAUUGUUAUGUCAUGUUCACUGUCUACAUCAAAUAAUUUUUCAGAAUAACCACAUAUUGAAAUAUUUUGAAAUGCUUUUACAGUCAUGGUUAUGCAUAUUUUUCACUAUCUGUUGCUUCAUUUUUAUAAUAUCACUUCAGGUUUCUCUUAAUGCUGUCAGUCAAGUAUGUAAUGGAGCAUAUGCUUGUUGGCUGGCCAACAUUGGUUUCACAAACUGGUACUAAUGACAGAAAGCAUGUUAGCACAAGGUGAGCCUUUAUCCCCUCCUCCAAGUGAUAUGUACUAUAUUUGAGAUAACAGUCUGACUGUUAUUUAUUGUUGUGUGGAGUGAACCUUUGUUAAGAUGUGAGGUACAGACAAAUGCAAGUGUGCAUGUUUGAGAUAAUCAUAUUAUUAAUGACUUAGGUGGUCCAAAAAUAUUGACUCUGUGGUAUUAUUAGGAUAUUCAUCCUCUGUACUUUUAACCAGUUUAAAGAUCAUUUUAGUAAUCUUGUUUUCUCAUGAAACUACUUACCAUUUUUUUUUUUAAUAGAGUAUAUAAUAGUAUAUGCUUUUGCCAUUGCUUUUGGUGAUAGGUUAAAUGAUAAGCUAAUUUUUAACACUGAUAAAACUCACCUGGAAUAAAAACCCAGGUUAGGUGUGAGUCCAUCCAUAGAUAAAGCAGCCUUAACGUGAUACUUGACCUUCGUUAGGAAAUUUGCAACAGCUUAAGGUGCAUCACAUCAGCAUAGUGAUUCUUGAUGUUGAAGCAACCGUAGUUGUUGUUUGUGAUAGCACCUGCAACCAACUCAUCCUGACCCACCAUGUGUGCCACCAGGCUGUUGGCUUUUACCACCCAGCCUUAGCUGGCAUGGGUAGGUAUUGUGUUUAUAGCAGUGCCUGUUGAGUCGACUUCAAUUGAGUGUAUUCCUUUAUCAGCUACAAAAUGAAAAGCACAGCUGAUGUGUAUGUAACAAACAAAGAACAUUGUCACUCUGCCCUUGUGCAAAAUGUGGAUACUGUGUAUGUAGCUUCAACUAAGUCUUAGGAUAUCACAAUGAUACUGUAUUCACACAUCUUUUGCUUCCCUACCUCCAUUUGCCUGUUUGUUGUUGUUAUUAUUGACUUUAAGAACUGUGAUUGCCCUCCAGGCAGUGGAUCCUUUCAUUGUGUCAAGGAAUUGUAAUGUCUCCUGUAAUAAUUUGAACAGGCUCAGACACAAAAGUCUGAGAUUAUCAGAAGCAGCUGUGGAACAAGACAUGUUCCUUUUUAACAGAAGCAGCUUUGUCUCAUCCGCUGAACAUAGAGGAGCAGUAGCCAGACCCACACAGGACAUGAUGCUUCUCUCCAUUGAUGCAGGUUUCAUUUAUCCCUUUCCUUCUUUCACCACUGAUCCAGUACACAUUUACAAGCUGUUUUCAAGCACAAAUAAAAUACAAACCAUAAUAUAAAUAAUUUACUGAACACAAAAGUUUUAUAUGUUCUUAUAACUUACAGACAACAGUAUUUAUACUUGACCAGUUGUCUUGCAUAUAAAAUACUCAUCUCCACUCCUGGUAAAAAAAGUAGCAAUGAUUUCACAGCUGUCAUCACAUAGAACCUUUUAGCCUGCUAUGUGGUCUAAGAUAGAGCUCAUUUCACAUGCUUUGUUCCUCUUAUUUGUAAAUAUUUUCUCUAUCCAGAUACACUCACUUCAUAGCUGUAUUUCAGGUGAUUUCCUUUCUUACAAGUUUCAUAAUUUACCAGGUGUUUCUGAGUGAAAUUCUGAGAGCAAAAAUACUCAAUGUUGAAGUGCCAUGGAUCUUUAUUGAUUAUUGAUUGUUAGUAGUGCCUGACCUGGGUUGUUGAUUUUGUAAAGUGUAAUAUUUUAUUGUAAAUAUGAAAACCUAUGCACUUUAAGGCCUUAUAACUUAAGAAAUGUGUACAAAAUGUACUUUUCAAUUAAUUGCUAACCAUGAGCUUGCUUGAUAAAUACAUGAUUAUAGCAGUGUAAAUAUUGAAUUUAUUCAGAGGGAUUAGGAUAUGGUUUGAAAUGGAAGUGAUAAAAUAUAUCACAUGUGAGUCACUUAGCAUGGUGUGUGCUUGGCUGUGUGGCUCAGUGUGAGGAGCUGCCCCAUUGAUUGAUGCUUUUGCAGUGGCAAAUUCUGAACCAUCUUGUAUCUAGUAAAGAAAAUGAAGUUAUGGUAAUGAAUUACACAUAUUUGUAUGAAUUUGAAUAUUUAUUGUUGACUAUAUAUUGUUAAUUAUUCCAAAAUGGUUGUCCAGUGGGAAACAUUAUCAUUAUGAGGGUGAGAAAUAGAUAAAAAAGAAGGAUGAGUUGGAACUUUUUAUAUGCAGAUAUAUAUAUGUACUUUUUUUCCAGUUAGCUUUUUCUCCAAUCACUGAUAGCAUACAUUAAUGAAACAAACCAUACAUAUAAUGUUAGUAGAUGUAAGCAUUGCAAUACAUAGUUCAUAAAGGCAUAGGAUUGUUGCAGUGACCACAUUCCUACAGUGAGACAAGGCAUGAUGUCUUUCCUCUGUUAUUGCACCUGUAAAGGGGAUGUCAGUCUUGUCUUUAAAUAGAUAUUUGAUAUUACUUUCUAUUUAUCUGAUUAUUCUCUCUCUCUCUCUCUCUCUCUCUCUCUCUCUCUCUCUCUCUCUCUCUCUCUCUCUCUCUCUCUCUCUCUCUCUCUCUCUCUCUCUCUCUCUCUCUCUCUAUUUCUUUAUUUCAUCACAAAGGAUCUAACCAACUGAUAUUGUCCCACAGAACUUUGAUAUUGUAAAACAUUCCAUUGGAUACCAAAAAAAAUUAAUAUAAUAGAAUUGGUCUAAUGUCUUGGCAUCUGAUAGUAUCUGAUGGGAAUAUUAUUCAGAAUGUAGGCCUAAAUAGUUUUUAAUGAAGGAUAAAAAUUAAAAUUAUGAUGAGACUAAUGACUUGAUACUGUAGUUGAUGACUGAAUGAAUAUUUUGAAGAAGAAGCAAAACAAAUAAGAGCAAAAAUGUGUGUUUGGAGCCUAUGUAUAUUCAAGUGUACAUGCCUUAUCACCCCACUCACUGCAGUGCUCCCAAACUUGAGUAGUUUGUGCAGCCUUUUCUUGUGUGUGGACACUGCAUGCAUGAAUUAGUACUUCAGGGUUUGCAUUAGCCAUUUGGUGGCCUUGAAUUGUGUGUGAAAUAGAUAUGUAAUAUUUUUUACUGGUCAUUCAUCAUAUACUUUCCAACAAUUUAGUACAUUUCAUGAGUCUGAAAUUUUGUUACUGUUGGUGGUCCUCAUCUUGUACAUUGAACUGUGACCAGUUAACACUGAAGUUCUCUAAUGGCACUGAUCAUAGCAAGUACCUCUUUCAAUCCAGAAAGGUCAUAAGUAUAAUAUAAAGGUCAGAUAUUGAUUUUAUUCCUCCAUUAUGAAAUCAAUAUUGUAAUAUUGUGCUGAGAAGCUGUAGACCUGAGAUGAUAGUGCAGUUGGGAAAAAGAAAAAAAAAAAAUCAGAUAUCCUGGUUCUGUCUGACACUUGUUGAAGGUAGCAGUGUCAGAACAUGACUGCAAACAUUCAUCAGAUCCUAUAGCAUGAUGCACUGAGUGAUGUAGCUUACCACCAUCUCCUAGUGAAUUGCACAUCAGGCAGGCCUUCACAUAGCACUAAAAGCAUAUACCACAGAAUGUUAAUUGUAAUAGAAAGUAUUAUAAUGUGCAAGUUGGGAAAAUUGAAGCUGCCCAUGAAAAACACACACACACACACACACACACACACACACACACACACACACACACACACACACACACACACACACACACACACACACACACACACAUGGACAGUAAUUUGAAGUAUCACAGAUGUAGAUGUUCAAUGCAAGCACAUUCUCCCAUGUAUUAUAAUUUGGUAAAUAUGACAAGUUCACACACACACACACACACACACACACACACACACACACACACACACACACACACACACACACACACACAGAGCUUGUGGUUAAACUGUAACCAGUAACCACUGCUUUAGGUCUUAGAAAAGUCAUGGGGCUCCAUGAGAAAGUUUUGAAGGGUAUGUUUUAACAUCAACCCGUCAUUGUUUUUUGAGUGAUAGUUUGCUAAAUAUAUUGAUUAGCCAAACCCAAAGAAUAUUGUGGUUUUCAUGCUCACAGAUAAGUGUUCAACAUUUAUGAUAAGAGUACUAAAUACAAAUAUAUAUGUACCUGUUUAAAAAAUUA